UUCAUUGUCAUUGCAGUCAUAUUUUAUAUUAGGAUAAGGAAGUUAUACACGAAGUAUUAUAAAUAAACAAGAAUAAAAUUAAAUCAUAGUGCUUCAAGAAUCUAUUAAAUUAAGUUUAUGUAAUAAAGUUCGUUGUUUAUAUCUAUCAUCUUAAUUAAGGCAAUAAUAUGGCUACAGCAUCAUUUGCUGAAAAUGAUACCUUGCUCAAUAAUCAGAUGGGCCAGGUGAGUAUUUAUGGCAGGGAAACAAAUGAUGAGCUUUGGAGGGAAUGUGCUGAAUGGCUAAUAAGAUGGGAGAUACUUCCAGGAGAUCACAAAGCAAAUUGUCCUACAGCUUGUAUAGCUGAUUUAGCAAACAUUUUGCGAGAGGGUGUUUUACUCUGUAAAUUGCUCAAUAAAAUUGAUCCAGGCUGUAUUGAUAUGAAAGAUGUAAAUUUGAAACCAACUUUGGCACAGUUUUUGUGUUUGCGCAACAUCAAUUUGUUCCUCAAAAUAUGUGAGAAAAAUUUUGGACUAAAACAGUCUGAUCUGUUUGAAGACACAAUGUUAUUUGAUUUGACCAAUUUUCACAAAGUUCUGUGUACCUUAUCAAAGCUCUCUUUAUGUCCUAAAACUCUGAGAUCCCGAAUACCGGGAUUUGCUGCUCAAAAAUUAAAAAGAGAAGAGGAAGUAAUAUAUCACAGCUUGAGAAGUGUAGAGAUGCCAGUGAGAGAGAGGAGCCUAGUUGACACACAUUGCGCUUUUACAGCUUCUAAUGACAUAUAUCAGGAUUUGUAUCUCGACAGAACAUCUUUAGAGCAUUCCCAACCGACUGAAAAAAGGGAUUUUGUAAUUAAGGAACUACUGGAAACUGAAAAAAAUUAUGUAGAUGUAUUAGAAAAACUGAAAAAGAAUUUUAUGAUCCCGCUCAGUGGUCAAAUGAAACAGGAAUAUCAUACUUGCGUGUUCUUCAAAAUAAAGGAAUUAAAAGAUGUUCACGCAGAAUUUUUAGAGGAAUUGUUACGUAUCAGAGUUAAUACUAACGUAAGAAUUAGUAAUAUUUUUAUGAGGUUUAGGGAGAAAUUCUUGAUUUAUGGAGUAUAUUGUGCCAAUUUAACUAAAGCUACAUCGAUUCUACAAGAACUCUGUGAUAAUGAGGAAAUAUUUAAUCAAAUGAUAAUUAGAUAUGAAAAAGAAGAUAACAAUGGUAGAUUUAAGUUAAGAGAUGUUCUGUCAGUGCCAAUGCAAAGAAUAUUGAAAUAUCAUCUGUUAUUGGACAAAUUAAUAGAGCACACCAUAGAAACUCAUGAAGAGUAUAAUGAUCUGAAACGAGCUAAAGAAGCUAUGCGUGACGUCGCUGGUUAUAUCAACGAAGUAGCCAGAGACAGCGAGCAUUUAGAUGUGAUAAAUAAUUUACAAGAAACGAUAACGGAAUGGAAUGUCCACCCCAAUCAAAAAUUAUCCGAUUUUGGUAGGUUAGUGAUAGACGCCAGCCUCAGGAUUAAAGCCCAUGACGAUCAGAAGACUAGGAAUAGAUACGUUUUUAUUUUUGACAAGUGCAUUUUGAUCUGUAAGCAGCUUAAGGGCAACCAGUUCGCUUUCCGGGAAUUAAUAAAUAUUGCAGAUUAUCAUGUAGAAGAAAUUCACAACAGGGCAAUUUUGAAUAAGGAAGCAAGAGCGUUUUUCCAAUUUUGUCUUGUUAAAAAUGAUAACCAGAAUGCUUUUACUAUAUCGUUGAGGACGGCAGAGCUCAAACAAAAAGUUAUCAAGGCUAUAAAUGAUUGUCUAGACAAUCUGAAACCGAAGGCUCUUAAACACACCAGCCAUAAUUUUGAACUUACCACUUUUUCGCAACCUACCCAAUGUUUUUUUUGUUCUAAAUAUUUGAAAGGUCUCAUUUCCCAAGGAUACAAGUGCUCUACGUGCGGUAUAAGCGUCCACAAGGGUUGUAUUCAAAAUUCCGGAAAAUGUGGACAAACUUUGCAAAUGAGCCCCUCCAUGAGUAACGGGUUUAGUGACCCGUUAAGGGAUAAACUGUGGUUUGUGGGUGAAAUGGAUAGAAAUAACGCUAGUAGGAAUUUGGAAAACAGGGAGAAUGGUACUUUUAUGGUUAGGAUUAGACCGUUGAGUGAUGAUAAUGAUAAAUAUGCUCUCACAUUAAAGACUGAUACUGUUAAACAUAUGAAAAUAUGUUGCAAACAUGAAAUUCCUGGUGAUGCGAAGAAGUAUUAUUUGUCUCAAUCGAAGUUUUUCAAUAGUAUUGAAGAACUUGUGCUCAAUUAUCAAAAUUACAGUCUGAAAGAAAAUUUUGAAAGGUUAGAUAGAAAUACAAAACUAUUAUGGCCAUUUCGACAAUUAAAAGCCACAGUUAUUCGAAGUUAUGAUUGCAAGGAUCGAUAUCAAGUUAGUGUAAGAGAGGAUGAAAGUGUUAUAGUUGUAGGAAAGGAAGGUUACAAAGAUGGUUUUUGGAAAAUUAGGACUGGAACUAGUGAGACGGGAUUUAUUCCUCACACAGUACUUCGAGUGGAUGGGGAAAUGCGUUUUGAAUCUUAACGCGAAAUUUAUAUCAUAAAAAUGUAUUACUAGUCAAGAAAAAAAUGUUGAAAAUGCAAUAAUAGUUAGACAUACUCAACGAUGUUUGUAAAUACUUUAUAAAAAUGUUGAUUUUAUAGAAUUUUUUUAUAGGUCUUGAAUG